UCCUCCCUGCACUUUUUUUUUUUAUAACAGGAUAUCUCACUGGCGCGAAAAAACGCACAUUGUGGGGCGGAACUUGUGCCUGUUGUUUGAGCCCCGUUUUUUUUUUCUAGUUUAACUAAAACAAAGUAGGCAUAUAGAUUGCGUCGAAAAAGCGCAUCUUUGUAUCCAGCCAACACUCGGUCAGCUUUUAUUCGUUUGAUCCCCGUGAACCUUGGACUCUUUGCUCUGUGGUUGCCGAGGGAUUUUCAAUGCCCUGAAUUUCUCUGUGGGAUUUUUUUUUUUUUCGGAGAGCCGGUUGUGCAGGACGUUGUUCAGAGGCUACUGGUGUCCUUUGAUAAUUUCUGGGAAUAAACUCAAGCGGAUUUCAUUAACUGGGAACAUGGAGCUCGGCUGUUACCAGCACUAUUUUUUCGACGAUUUCGACAGAGAGGAGGAUUUUUACAAAUCGACCGCACCGAGCGAGGACAUAUGGAAAAAGUUCGAGCUGCUGCCCACCCCUCCCAUGUCUCCCACCCGGACUCUGAGCGGUGGUGCUCUGCACCUCUCGCCGGGAGACAAGCUCAGCUGGCUGUCCAAAAUCCUGGGUCAGGACGAGGAGUGCGAGGGUCAGAUAAUCCCAAAUACGGAGGCGCUACUCGGCAACCUCAGCUCCAUCAUCAUCCAGGACUGCAUGUGGAGUAGUUUCUCUGCCAGCAAGCAGCUGGAGAAGGUCAACGGGAGAGUGUCAGCUGCGGCACAGACAAGCGUCUCUCCGACGGCCCAGAUAUCCGUGAGACCGAGCAAGGCGCAGUGCGUCUUUCCCGGUGGACCGAUCGCCGCUUCGGCGACUGACUGCGUCGACCCCGCGGCUGUUCUCGCCUUACCGGCAAGCAGCUGCAGGAAGCCGGCGUCGUCUGGCUCCGAGUCUCGCUCUGAUUCCUCUGAUGACGAAGAGGAAAUUGAUGUGGUCACCGUUGAGAGCAAGCAGAACCGGGUGCGGCUGGUAAAUGUCAGAAAACCAGUGACCAUCACGGUCCGGGCCGACCCAUGCCCCAAACGCUUCCAUAUGUCUGUCCACCGACAGCAGCACAACUAUGCCGCCCGCUCCCCAGACAGCGAGCCAGAGGAUGAAGAUGAAGAUGAGGACGAGGAGGAGGACGAAGAGGAGGAUGAGGAAGAACCUCAAAGCAAGCGUACAUGCAAAGCAUCCAGUCAGCAGGUGGGCUCUUCGUGUGGUGUCUCCCAGCCCGGUUCCCCAUCAGAGAGUCCUCAAUACUCGGACGCAGAGGACACUGACCGCAGGCGGAACCACAACUUCCUUGAGAGGAAGAGGCGGAACGAUCUCCGGUCCCGUUUCCUGGCCCUGCGGGAUCAGGUCCCUGGUCUCGAGUCGGCCAAGACUCCAAAAGUGGCCAUCCUGACCCACGCGACGGAGUACCUGGCAGACCUGCACACCAAGGAGAAACGGCAGCUCCAGGAGAAGAAACGCCUCAAAACCCGACAACAGCAGCUUCUCCGCAGAUUAUCUGAACUGAAGCGCUCUUGAGACGCAAACAAAGUGUGCUUUUGAAAUAAACUGCCUCGUUAUUCACUGGCAGGAACUUUGCUCUAAAGUUACCUGUCACUUUUGGAAAGCUACAGUUUUUAUAUAACAUGCUUCAUUUCAUGUAAAUAGCUGUGCAUUUUGUUUUUGGAAUACAUUCAUAUUGCUGUGGGCUUCCUAUGCAUAGACUGCAGGCCAAUGAACCUGAUCUGGGGAGGAGGAGCAGUAAGUGUGCUCUGUUUUUUAUUUUUAGUACUGAACAGGGGGCAAUGGAAUGGAUUUUAUAGAUAUGACUAAGAUAUUUCCUGGUAUGCUGUAAUGGGAAAUUAUAACUUUGUUAAAGGUCCCAUGGCAUGGUGCUCUUUGGAUGCUUGUAUAUAGACCUUGGUGGUCCCCUAAUACUGUAUCU